CUGCCAGAAAUGUUAUACGAUAAAAAAAAAAAAAGGAAAGUUUAACUAUUUUAAAAUCGUUUGAAAUCGUUGGCGCGUGUUGAAGGAACAAAAACAUGGUCACCAAUAUGUCACGGGCGUAAUGUUGUGUUACAUGCUGAACCAAGCGAUCGAUAUCUAAAGCGGUGGCGUCGCGGCGUAUCAGAGGUUAGGAAUCGGAUUCUAUGUUUAUGAAUGCCUCCAAUUAUAAGUGCGGUAGACGAGGCGUGCUGAAAACCGUUGUUUGUACUAAGACUGGCUUUAACGUCAUCUUUUAGCAUAGUGCACGUAGUAAUAAAGUCGUUUCGGGACUGAAUCAACAUACUUCGUUUUUUUGUUUUGAAGGUGUUUUAUUGCUAUUUAUAACUCCAACAGAAAACUUGAAUUUCUCAAAAAUGGAUAUUUGUUAUAUAAAAACAAUUAAAAAGUAACAAAGAAAAAUUGUACUUUAAUAUGACACAUUUUGUUGCUGACGUAAAAAGUUUUGAAAUGGAAAUUGGUGGAGAUGAAAAUAUUUGUGAACAAUUUGAAGAAAAUGAGGAUAAGAAACCUCUUAAAAUAAACAUAAAUGAACUUUUUACUACAGAAAAAUCAAGAAAAAUAAAAGCUAGAAAAUCGGGUACAGUUAGAGGUAGAUCAUCAUUACUAGCAUCAAAAAUAUCUGCUCCUUUAUCUAAUAAAAUGAUGCUUUUAAAGCCAAAAGCUAAACCUAAACCUGUUCCUACUACAAGUUAUACCUCUGCUACUAAAUCAUAUUUUUGUUAUUUUGGUGAUCCAAAAAGUUGCACAUUCAGUACUAAUCGUUUUGACAAUUUAAAACGACAUAUUGCUGACCAUAAAGCUAAGGCUGAACUUAUGAAGCAAUCUGCAACAAGCAGCAAUAGUUUGAAUAUUAAUACUCAGUUGUCAACACCAACAUCAACUAAACAAAAUAAUGUAAGACCCAAAAAAUUGUGUACAAAAAAUAUUAAAUUAGCAGAUGAACUCCACAAGGAAUGGGAUUUAGAUGAAGCUGAAAAUGCAAAUGAAGAUAGGGAUAAAAAUAAAUUGGAUACUAAUACAAUUGAAAAUGAAAGAAAAGAUGAAGAUAACAAAUAUUUUGAUACAAAUACAAUUGAAGGUGGUAAAGAAACAGACUUAGACAAAAGUUCAGCUGAAAAUGAGAAAAAUUAAAAUACAAAUUAAUUUAAAAAUGUGAUUGAAAAUAUACCUCAAAGGACAAGUUGGGGUCUACAAUUCUCAACUACAUGUUAAAGAAUCUGAAACUGGGUACAAAUGAUUUUAAAAAUGAAAUUGAAAGUAGUAAAUUAUUAUUAAAAAAACUGUUAACACUUUGGAUCAAAUAAGUUAUUUAGAAGAAUCAAUGAACAAUAUUUCAAGUAAUAAAAGUAAUCUGAUUGGAGAUAAUUAGUCAAGUGAAUCACUGAUUGAAAAUACAUACUUGGAUAAAGAUCUAAAUAAUCACCUUGCAAAAGAAACAAUGGUUAAGAACAACUUUUUGCUACUUUUUUUUAAAUUCAAUAUAUCUUCAACAUCUUAGCUA